AUGGCGGCUGGCGACUCUUCCAAGCCUGCCCUUGACAGUGAUGUCUGCACGGUCGAAGUACCCUCGCUCAAAGUCCUGUCCACCACCAAGAAGGCCGGCUCGUCGAUCUGCGGAUCUAUGCGCAAGUAUCUCUGGGCGGUGAUCUGGUGCGUCUACAUGCUAUGGUGCGUUCUAGCCAACAACUACGCAAAGACGGCAGGGCAAUCAGUUCUUGGAAUCCCUCAAUUUCGGAAAGACUUUGGCAGUGCUUAUCAUGGUAACUAUGUCUUGUUGGCCAAGUGGCAGUCGGCCUACUACGGCGCUCCUCAGGCAGCCUCUGUGAUGGGCGCAUUGAGUGCUGCGUGGCUCGCCGACAAGGCCGGUCGGAGGUUUGCACUUGGCUGCAUCUUUGCCGUCAGACUGACAUCGGUCACGCUGGAGUUCAUCGCGACCACCAACAAUAUCUUCUUUGCAGGACGUUUCCUAGGGGGCUUCUCCACGGGCGGGACCAACUCUCUGUGCAUGGCCUAUGUCGGAGAAAUCACGCCACUGGCACUCCGCGGAGUGCUCACGGCUGCAGUCCCCAUCUCUCUCAUCCUCGGGUCGUUACUGUCCGCUCUUGUGGUCAAUUUCACCGGCAACCAGUCCACUCGUUGGGCUUAUCGGAUUGCUUUCGUGGCUGGCUAUGGUUUUAUGGCCAUUGCGGUGGCUGUGCUUCCAUUCAUGCCAGAAUCGCCAUGGUGGCUCGUCAGCCAUGGCAGGGACUCAAGGGCUCUCAAAGCUCUCAAAAAGACUGGUUAUUCUACCGAUGGUGAAGCCGAGCUCAAACUAACCGAGAUCAAGAGAGUGCUGGCCAAGACCAAGGAGGAAACGUCCGGGGCGACGUACACGGAAUGCUUUCGACGGUCCAACUUGCGUCGAACCGUCAUCGCUGCCAUGCCGCUGACCAUCCAGACUUUCUCUGGGGUUGCCUUUGUCGGGUCCUACGCUACAUACUACCAACAACUUGCAGGAUACAGCACUGCGGCAAGUUUUCGUCUGUUUAUUGUCCAACAGGUUUUGUCGGGUGCCGGAAAUAUUUGCUCAUGGUUCCUGGUAGACAGAGUGGGACGGCGGCCUCUGACACUCUGGGGUAUGGUCAUGUUGACGCUGAUUCUUUUGAUUACUGGAGGCCUUGCUGUCUCGGGUACACCGCCCGCCAUCAAAGGGACGAUCGCACUUAUCCAACUCUUCGCCUUUGUCUACAAUGCCACCAUUGGCGCCACCGCCUUUACCAUCCUCACCGAGAUCCCCACCGCUCGCCUCCGGGCCAAGACGGCGUCUAUAUCGGUUGGACUGCAGAGCGCUCUCUUUACCAUGUGGGGAUUCGUGCUACCCUACCUCUUCAACCCGGACAAGGCCAACCUGGGCGCCAAGGUGACGUUCAUCUUCGGCGCGCUGUCCGUGCUCUCCAUCGUGUAUCUGUGGCUGUGCCUGCCCGAGUCGGCGGGUUUGAGUUACGAGCGUCUGGACGAGCUGUUCAUCGCACGGGUGAAGGCGAAAGGCUUCAAAGACCUGGGAGGUCGUCGAGGGGAGGAGGAAUCAACCAUGCAGAGCGGCGGGGACUGGAGGGAUACAAAGCACGCCGCGGGCGUGGAUGGGGGAGUGGACGUGGGUAUGGGACCUGGGAAGGUGAAUGAGAAGGCUCACAUGGCCGUCUAA